AUGGAGUUCUAUUCAUCUUUAGAUGCAUCUCAACUAGAUGCUGAGACCCCUACGUUAUUUGAAUUGAUUUCAGCUCAUCAGUUAGAAGGUUUAUUAUCCCCAUCAUUAAGAUAUAUCUUAGUUCACUACGCGAGCAAAUAUCCUCGGUACUUGUUAAAAAUCAAUAAUCGAUUUGAUGAAUUGAAUUUAUUAUUACGAAGUUUUAUUGAAUGGUAUUUUUUAACUUAUUGGCAAGGUUCAUUUACCGAGAACUUUUAUGGUAUGAAAAGAGUCAGUCAGACUCCAUUAUCUCAAGGUGAUUUUAAUAGUAGUAAAUUGACACAAUUGGUGCCUUCUUUAAUUGAAGAAAGACGAAAAUUGUCUAUUAUACAAAAAUUGGUAUCAUUAUUUGAAAUAACAGGACUGGCUUAUAUUUCUGAAAAAUUGAAUUAUUGCUAUGAAGUAUGGUAUACUAAAUAUGUGACUAAUCAAUUGAACACAGAUGAAUCAUUGUCAAAGAAAGAAAACAUAAAAAUAAAGAUUAAAAGAAAAUUUGUUGAGUUAUAUCCAUACAUUCAAAGUGUUUAUCGUACUGCGAAUUUCAUAACGACGUUGUUAUAUUUGGGUGGGUAUUCCAAAUCACCAACUUUAUUAACAUAUUUAUUCCGUAUGAAUUAUUCUCGAUUGAACCAAUAUGAUUAUUCAAAGAAUGAACCAACUCCAGAACUUGAUGACGACAACAAAAAGAAAGCUCAUAGAAACCGUCCUCCAUCACCACUUGAAAUGGCAUUGAAAUUUUUAACUACUAAUAUCACGAGUCCUACAUUAAAAACUAUUAAAUUUAUAUUGGGUACAUUUUUCCCGGUAGCUAUUUUUUCAUUAAAGUUUCUUGAAUGGUGGAAUAAUUCUGAUUUUUCAUCUAAACUUUCUAAAAAUCAAGGAAAUGUAUUGGAUUUCACUUUACCUCCUCCAUCUACUUUAACAUCAGCACUUCGAUCAUCAAGAAUUGAAGAAAAGAAAAAGAAAUCCCGAAGUUAUAAAUCUGGUAAAGUGUGUCCUUUAUGUAAGAAAGAAAUUACUAAUCCAGCAAUUAUUGAAACUGGUUAUGUGUUUGAUUAUACUUGUAUCUAUAAUUAUUUGGAAAAGUCUCAUGUAAUCGUGUCUAAGAAAUCACAAUUAAAAGAUAUUGAUGAUGAAGAUGAAAAGAUAUAUUCCGACGAUGAAGACAAUGAAGAUGAAAAACAAAACAAAGAUGUUGCUGCAAAUGAUAACGAAGAAGAAAAAGUGACAAUUGAUAUUAAUAAAGGUGGUAGAUGUCCUAUAACUGGGCGUAAAUUAUUGGGCUGUAAAUGGAACCCGAUUAAAGAAGAAUGGGAAAUCGAAGGAAUUAGAAGACUUAUAUUCUGA